AUGACCCGGAAGCUGUCUGCCGGCUCCCCCGGCCAGGAAAGCGAGAUGAGCGCCGCAACCCCAGAGUCGGCCACGACUGGCCCUAAUGGUCAGGGGUCCAUUUACCCUUUACCUUUAACCAUCUUAUGGUCCAUAAAAAACAUAAAGGGUAGAAGAGUUUUAUUGCCUGAGCUAUGCGAAGAACCAAAUCGCACAUGGUGGGGCUGUGAAAUGGUGCAGGUAGGAGGUCACAUGCUUAAAUGCUUCUCUUUCUCUCCCUCUCUCUCAAAAAAAUAUCCCUGCACACAGAAGACUAGCAUGUUAGAGAGAAGGCUAAGCCUGAACUUUUCUCCCUGA